AUCCAGCAGCUCACAAUCAAAACGGAUCCAAGAGCUUCGGAGGACCAGUGUGAGGAUGAUGACCCAUACGCUUCAGGAGAAAGCAGUGGCUACAACAGCAUUCAAGAACAGGAGGGUCUCCCUGAGACACAUGAAAUCAUUCGGCCCUCACAAGCCCCACACCUGACUCAGAAUGGAUCGGAAGAAACGACGGCUGGACCUGUCGGAGCCCCGCCAACCACGGCUCCUCGUUCUGAAGAGAUGGAGUUCUCAGGCCACCAUCUCUUAGAAGCAACAUUGGGACCCACUGAAGUCCAAGAACAAGGUUUAACCACUACAGAAAUUAGAAAACAGGAAAGUGAACUUACCACUAUGGCUCAGGAAAUAUUAAAAACAGCACCUGGGCCUCGUGAUGGUUUUCUGCAAGUUACAGGCAGAGAAAAGGGCCAAAAAGGUGAAAAAGGUGAAAAGGGAGAGGAAGGACCACCAGGAGCACCAGGAAAAGCAGGCCAGGGUGAAACAGGACCUGGGACUGUUGGACAACCAGGGCUUCCUGGAAAGCCUGGACUGGAUGGUAAACCUGGCAUUUCUGGCAAAGAUGGGUUACCGGGUAAACCAGGACUUCAGGGCUCUCCAGGGCUAAAGGGCGAACCUGGCCUUAAAGGAGAAAAGGGAGAUGCUGGCAUAGGAUUACCGGGCCCCCCUGGGCUUCCAGGGCCUCCUGGGCCACCUGCUCCAUCCAGGGGAUUUAGAAGAGUGGAAAUGGAAGCCUCUGGCUCUGGUGACUCUGACAGAGACAUAGACUUUCCAAGGGGUGCCCCCGGACCUCCAGGGCCUCCAGGUCUACCGGGUGCUCCAGGAUUGCCAGCACCAGAUUCAAAUGCAGGAAUUCCUGGGUUGCCAGGAGAAAACGGGAAAGGUGGAGCCGCUGGGCAUCCAGGUCCUCGUGGUCCCCCUGGUCGUCCUGGUCAAGAUGGAUUGGCUGGUUCUGCAGGAGCAAAGGGAGAAAAAGGUGAUCAAGGUAUUUGGGGGUCACCUGGAUCAAAGGGAGACCCUGGAGACAUUGGAUUACCAGGCACCAAAGGAGCUGAUGGGGAGCCUGGGAAACCAGGGACCCCAGGACUUCCAGGACCCCCAGGGCCUCCAGGACCCCCUGGCUCAGGCUAUGGAUUUGGAUUUGAGGAUAUGGAAGGCUCAGGCAUCGUUGGUUUGUCACGUGAACCUGGAACCUCAAGACCAAGUGGGCGAAAUGGUCCAGCCGGGGAGGCCGGGCUGCAAGGACCAAUGGGACCAAAGGGAGAAAAAGGUGACAAUGGACUACCAGGUACAUCUGGUUUAAAGGGAGAGCAAGGCCCAGAAGGAAGGCCAGGAUUUCCUGGUGUUGCUGGAAGACCUGGAGACACGGGGUCAAAAGGAGAUAAGGGUGAUCCAGGACCCAAGGGCGAACCAGGACAAGAUGGUGCCAGUGUUGUGGGGCCACCUGGACCACCUGGGCCACCUGGUCCCAUCGUAGCCAUUCCUAGGUCACUAAAUGCUUCAGAUGAAAGUUUUAACAUUACGAGAAUCAAAGGACUUGUUGGGCCUCCAGGUCCAGACGGUAAGCCCGGCCUGCCAGGAUUUCCUGGCCCCAGGGGACCAAAAGGAGACAUUGGACUUCCUGGUUCUCCAGGACAGAAAGGAAAGCAGGGUGAAAAGGGUGAGCCAGGAGCUAUCUUUGCUUCAGCUGAAUCAUUAACAGAGGUGAUAAGAAGACCAGGAGAGAAGGGCGAACCUGGAGUAACAGGACCAGUUGGACCAAUGGGGCCACCUGGACCUUCAGGACUUAAAGGAGAACUUGGUUUCCCCGGUCGGCCAGGACGUCCUGGCCUGAAUGGGAAAAAAGGCAUUAAAGGUGAACGGGGCGUAACAUUAUAUGGGCCUCCUGGUUUGCGUGGGUUACCUGGGCCCCCAGGACCCCCAGGUCGUGUAGUUUUCAUUAAAGGAACAGUUUUUCCAAUUUCUCCCAGGCCUCAGUGCAAGACAACAGCAGACACCCCUUACCCUGGAAACCCAAAUGUGGCCGAUGAAGCAGGUUCCUGGAGUGUAAGCAGUCCACCAGUCAUCAAAGGUGAAAAAGGAGACAGAGGCGCACCAGGGCCACCAGGUUCCCCUCUGCCAUCAACUUAUUUUAGCCAGUUAAACAUCAUGAAGGGUGAGAAAGGAGUCAAUGGAGAAUUUGGCCCUAAAGGAGAAAAAGGAGAACCAAAUGGAGGCUUUUUAAUGUCAGGACCUCCAGGACUCCCAGGAAGACCAGGACCAGUGGGACCAAAAGGAGACACGGUGGUUGGGCCUAGAGGCCCCCCUGGGGUACCUGGACUACCUGGCCCUCCGGGGUUUGGACCAGUUGGACCUCCGGGCCCACCAGGACCUCCGGGCCCACCAGGGCCUCCAUCAAUAUACGGCUCAGCAGCAGCUGUUGCAGGCCCACCAGGGCCUCCUGGAGAACCUGGAUUACCUGGGACCAGGAACUUGGUCACAAGGUUUAGAAAUGUUGACUCUAUGCUACAAAAGGUCCACUUAGUGUCCGAAGGCACAUUGAUCUACCUUAGCGAAACCAGUGAGGUGUUUAUUCGGACUCAAGGAGGAUGGAAAAAAUUGCAGCUUGGUGAACUGAUUCCUAUUCCUGCUGACAGCCCCCCACCUCCAGCAAUUUCAAGUCCAGGAUUUCAAGCCCUUCCAGCACCAAUCCCAGCUUCAAAUACUGACGGCCGAAGACCAAGUCUUCAUCUGGUGGCCUUGAACACCCCGUUUUCUGGUGAUAUGCGAGCCGACUACCAGUGCUUCCAACAAGCUCGGGCUGCUGGUUUGCUCUCAACAUACAGAGCUUUCUUGUCUUCCCACCUGCAAGAUCUCUUGGCGGUGGUCAGGAAAGCUGACCGGUAUCAUGUACCCAUAGUUAAUCUUAAGGGAGAAACAUUGUUCAAUAACUGGGAGUCAAUAUUCUCUGGCAAUGGGGGACAGUUUGACCUCCGGAUUCCAAUAUACUCCUUUGAUGGUAGGGAUGUCAUGACAGAUCCAGCUUGGCCUCAGAAAGUUGUCUGGCAUGGUUCAAGUCCAAAUGGAAUACGACUCAUUAGCAACUACUGCGAAGCCUGGAGGACAGCGGAUCUGGCCGUCAUGGGACAAGCCUCACCCUUGAAGUCUGGGAAGUUAUUGGAUCAAAAAGCAUAUAGCUGUAGCAACAGGUUCAUCACUCUUUGCAUUGAAAACAGUUAUGUCUCAGACAUAUGAAGGAAAAAAAGUCCCCUUCCCGCUCCCAAUAUAAAUUUAAAGUUUAUUAAAGAAAUGUUGCCACUGACAUAUAAUUUUUAAAUUAUGUAAAUAUUGUACUGUAAUUGCUUACUUUUUUAAAAAAAUAAAAGAAAAACAUAACCAAAGAAAGCAUACCUCACCUCAGUGCAGAAUCAUAUUCCAAGAUGGUGAAAUUCAUUCUCCUGAAACAUUUCAACCCAUGCAGAAACUGUGUAGGAGAUCAGCUGAGCUGAACAACCACACAGAAUAGGGACUGGUCCCUAUUAUAAGCUUGCUUGGGGCAGUUGCUGAAAAGCUGGGUUGGAGAUACCAGGUAUAGUACGCAGACAAGAGGGACCAUUGUAUGUUGUUCCAGUGGGGCUAGAACAAUUGUCUCUAGUACGGAAGGGGUGGAAUUACUACUGCAGAUGUUAAGGUUCCAUAAACCUUUCCGCUGGGUAAAAAGCCAUUGAACGUCACUGUCUCAUUAGCUUCACGUUCCAUCUGCCCUAGGCUCCCUACCACAAAACUAGGCUGAAAACUGAUUCUCAAACAUUCCUCUGUUUCAAAAGUAGGUUGCUACACAUCAUAGGAAACAGCUGUUUGAGAAGCAUGCGUUCACACCCCUCUUUUAUGGAACAAACUGCAUAGUUCUAAGAAACUUGGCACACAGAAGGCCAUGGUUUGGAAGACUGGAACCCUACAAAGCAGUUUGCCUAACAUCUUCCUUUGGGUAGGAAACAAGUUUGAAUAUAACUGACCUUGGAUUAAGCCAUCUCUCCCUCCCCCAUCGUUGCAUGAGGGCAGCACAAGAAAUAUGAAUUUCACCCCUAUGGAAAUGUAAUUUGAUGCAUAUUUUGGUGCUACUGUGGUCUUGGAAAAAAAAACUGAACUGUGCUGAAAGGUCAUUAUAAUAGUGCUAAAUAGCUGGUUCCCCAAAGGGCACGUAGAAAGCUUCUGUUUGGAAGCCAUAGCCUUCCCUGCACCAUUCAAAAUGCCUCUCCCAAAGCCUGGAGGAACUUCAGGAGUGGCAUCCAAUGCAAUAUGAAGAACUACAGUUCGGAAAGAGAAAACAGAAAUACCUGAAGUGCCUGUGGAAUCACUUGGGAUCCCAACCAUUACUGUGUAUAGUACUGGCAAAUCUGUCCGUAGCUAAUUUGAUUGAAGGACAGCAUGAUGUGUUUACAUAUCUCAUUUCAGUUUGGAGAAAGCUGCUUUCCUAUUGCUACAGGAAUUGUCAAAAGCAACGGCAGGCAGGUGUCAUGUUUUCUUUCAGAUAGAUAUUGCAUCAUUAUUCCAUGUUAAGGGAAAUGCAGACUUGCUGCUUUCCCUCUCCUCACCUCUUUGCCUUCAUUUUUUUCAGUUGUCCAUUGGAAGUAAUUUGUAGUUUGUAGGAACUGUUAAUGAAUUACAUGAAUGCCCUCACAAAAACAGUAUUCCAGUCAUGCUGUAAACAUUUUGGUUCUAUAUGGUCUCACGGUAUAUUGUAUAAGAAGCUAUGCACUUAAAAUUGUCAUAAUGUAACACUAUAACGGCAGGCAAUAAUUACUGUUUUGAAACAUAAGCUAGUAGCUCUACUCUUUAGUGAUUUCUAUGACUCGUUUGCCAUCAAAUCAGUUAUUUAAUAGCUAGCUGUAAGUCAAAAGCUGUUUUCUUCCAGAGUCCUUCUCAUUGUAACCAAUGUUGUUUUUUAUAUGAUGUAAAAAUGUGAAAUCCAGUUCUAUUUUUCCAUUUUAAUUAAUAUAAAAGCAUAUUUCCCACUGUC